AAACUCGCUCAGUAACGCGCAGGAAUCUAACGAAAUCGUACACGAAAUGACAAGUGCCGUCGCGUGUGUACUAUGUGCGCUUAGCAAUUUUACAGAAUUUUUACAAAAUAGCAGCAAUGAAAAUUUUGUUUUUGCUUAAAAAGUCUUGGUUAGUUGUGAUGGCGUUAUAACGGUGUGUGUUAAAGUUGGCAAAAAAUUAAGUUGUAACCCUUGAAAGCCAGAGCUCAAUGUCGAAAAAAUUCAAAAAUUAUGUGCAAAUAAAUGUGUGUGUGUAAAAAGUAGAAGAAAAACGCAACAAUAUUGCCAUUCCCUUGCCUUCAUUGAUUUAAUUGCAAUAUUCAAAUAUGCAUGGUGUUUGAAAUAAUAUUUAAUUGUAAGCAGUAAAAAUAAAAAAUAGUGUUAUUUAAAGCAGAAAUUAAAAAUAAUAAAACAAAUUAAAGUGUUGCAUAAAAAUUAACGAAAGAAAAAUCUGCUCGCGAAAAAGUGCUCAAAAUGCCAAGUGCAAACGUGAAAAUGCAUAAACCCUCAAAAUUGCAACGCCUGCCGCAAGCUUUGUCGUGUCACGCUUCCAGCGCACAUUCGCUGCAGCGACAAUGAGUAGUUGAGGGCACGUGUUCGGAGGUGCAGUGCGUGCGUGUGUAUUGCCCCGCUCAUUCCCACAAGCUGUGCAUGACGUAACGCUUAAAAGUUUUUGUGAUUGUGUUGUUUAGCGCGUGUGCGUGUGAGUGUGCAUUGUACGGCGCUUGUACCACAUCGGUGCUGACCAAACGCUUAAGAGCCGUCUGAGGCCGCGCACGGGCGCCGCGCUGAAAUGCAAGCGAACAGCAGCGGUCGAACAGCUUUAUCGGCACAAUCAUCAGGUACACCGUCGCAAUCAACGAUCUCGUCGUCGGGAAAGCAACAGGUUGUUGAGUUAUCGGGCUACGUUAUUAUAUUAGUGAAAAAUGUUGAAGGCAAAAUCAAGUUGUACGGCUCACCGCCCGAUCGCGAUAAUCUGGAAGUGGGCGAUGAGAUACUCGAGGUCAACGGUCUGACCUUGGAGAAUAUCUCAUAUGCGGAAAUUAUACGCCACAUUUAUGAGUGCAUAAAAUCCUGCACCAUCUGCCUGCGUGUGCGUAAGAAGAAUGAUACCAGAUUGGCCUGGGACAUUGGCAAUUCGGUGCAGGAGGCCUUUGUUAUCGCUGUCGAAGAGCAUGCGCGUGAGCGUCUGAAACGUUUGGCAGCGCUGAAUCGGGUUACACCAGUGGAUAUAACGGAAGUGUCGAAAACGCUGCAACAGACCAAAGGCGGCUCGCAAUCGACACAGAAACAAGAUCUGAGUUUCCUUAACGAGGCCUCGCCCAUAUACGUCACCUCGUUCACCAGCACCCAGAUCACGUGCAGCAGCUCCACCGUUACCACCGCCACCGCCGCAACUGCCGGACUCAUUACCGCGUCGACGAUUGCACCAACCGCCUCGGCGACAGCAACGGGCAUCACCACCACCUCGGCUAUUGUGCAUGCGUCGGCGCCACAGAGCUCGACGGGCGCCGCCGAUCGGAAUGCCAAUCAGACAUCUGCAGCAAUUGUGAGUGCCUCAGCAGCAGCGGCAGCGGCCGCAGCAGCAGCAACGAAACUAGCCAAUCACAGUGGCAGCACUAACGUCUACCAGCAGCAGCAGCUAUCACAGCAGCAGCAGCAACCAACGGCGGCGAAGCCAGCGAACGCAGGUAAAGCUCAACAACAACCACCACCGCCACUAACGUUGCAGUUCCAGCAGCAGCAGGCCGCACAGGUGGCACAGUUGGCGCAACUGCAGAAUCUGCAGACGCCAACCAUUGCGAGCAGCUUGCAACAUUUGGCCGUCGCUGAGGAGGAGGACGACGAUGACGAUUUAAUCGGCGUUGCCGGCAACUACUGUAGCAUUAACUUUAUAAAAUACAACAACAAACACGCACAAUUGCCACCAGCCACAUCGGCGGUGGUACUGCCCGCGGCAGCAGCCAGCCACUUGCAGCGCCAACAGCUGCAACAGUUGCAGCAGCAACAGCUGAGGCAAACGAAAUCGCACCCGCACAUCCCGCCCCCACUGCAGAUCCCCAGCACAAUACUUGUCGAUGCACAAACCUCCACCUCACCGCUGGCCGCGACCGCUGUGGGUCAUCUAAAGGCACCGCUGGCAGCAGCAACUGCUAAACCAACGACAGCAACUGCAGCCGCAACAGCGACAAUAGCUGCCACCGCCGCCACAGCAGCAGCUGCUGGCUCCACCACUCCCACAACCGAGUACUCAACAGCCAUAUCCAGCAGUCAUCUGCAGCAGGCGUUUGCCUCGGCGGCUGCAGCGGACCAGCAGCAACAACAGUUGUAUAACAACAAUAACAAAACAGCACCAACUUUAGGCGCAGCGGCUGCAUUGAGCAACAACAAUAAUAAAGCGGCGCCUGGUGUCAUUGUGGAUCAGCCCACAGCUGGUGGUGGCGCGGGCGUGAGUGCGGCUGCGGCUGGGGGCAGCGGGCCAUACGGUAGUAAUAUUAGUAGUAAUUGUGAUUUAUUAAUAUCGAAUAAUAUACAACCACCGAGACGAGAGUUACUAACUACACUUAACGAAGAUGGCAGACACUUUGAUGGCGACGCGGCAAAUAGCAACAACAUCAAUAAACAAAGUGCCAGUGGCAGCAGUAUUAGCAACGAUUUGCUAAAUAAUACAACAAAUUUAUACGAUAAUAAACAAAUACAACAGUUAAGAAGUAGUAGUCCCAAUAGUAGCAUAUCAAAAGGAAGAACUGAACUUUUAUUAGGAGAUCAAAGUUUAAGGCAGGAAAUACGGCCUCGCCGUCGUUCUGGCUCCAGCAUUGUCGUUAUUGAUGGUGAUGAUUUGAAGCCAUGCUUACCGGACGACUACAUUAGUAGUCAGCAUUAUCGACAGCAUUCUGGUGAAAGUAAAGAAAUCGAUCAGGAAAUGUUGACAAUGCUUUCAGUUAAUCAAGAUAAUGGUCCACAUCGUGAGAUGGCUGUCGAUUGUCCAGAUAAUUUUAUCGCGCGUAAUAAGACACCACCACGUUAUCCACCACCACACCGUCCACCACAGCCACCAACACAAUAUAAAACCCAUAACAAUACACCACAACAACAGACACCACCGACUGCGACACACACCAGCAAUGGCGGUGGCAAUAAGAAGGCUCUGCCGGCGCCGAACAACAAGCACGGCGCAACCAGUACCAAUCCGAAUGGCUUCACCAGCGGUGAGGAGUUCGAGUUGGUGGCCAUCGAUGGUGGACUGCUACAACGUGCUGGUUCCUCUUCCUUUUCAUCUCCGUACGAGGAUUCGAUCGGCAAGAGCUCUUUCGAUUCCAUUGCUUAUUGUCAUUUACAUAACAAGCAAAACAACAACAUCAAUAGUCUCAACAACAAUAACAUAAACAACAAUCAUCACAACAACACGAGCAAUUCAUCUAAUUCAUCAACGCCAACGAAGCGUGGUUGCGGUGGUAUUGCCGGUGGCGCUGACGAUAGUAGCGGCUCGAACGGCUCCUCGCCUUGCGCCAAUGAAGGGCCAUUGAUUGAGGGUUUGUGCGGCGCGCCGCCCGAGUAUGAGCUGCUACCGCUCUCAAUGUGCAAACAAGUGGCCGCGAGUCUCUUACAGCCGCCGUCGGGUAAGCACCGUGAGCUGCCCGUCGACGUGCCGGACAGUUUCAUAGAGAUCGUGAAGACGCCGCCGCGUUAUCCGCCGCCACCGCAUCUGUCCUCGCUGUCAUCGCAGCUGUCGUCGAACUCGUCCACUUCGACGGCCAACACUACACUGACGCACAUCAACUCAUCGUCCAACUCAUCCACCAACAACAACAAUAAUCACAACAACAGUCACACUAACGAUAACUCUUUCUCGCCCACGUGUUCCUCCGUGUCGGGCUCAUACUCGGCGCUGGCAUCCAUCUCGGCCACGGGUGUCGCAACAUUGUCCGCAUGUUCGCCACUCUCCACGGAUCAUCAGUCAAAAUCAUCAAGCACAAAGUCAACGUCCGGCUCCGGCUGUCAUCCACUGAAACAGUUGGUUAAACAGAAGAGUCUGAUAUCGUUGGGCUCGCUGAGUGGCUCCUCGGAGAAAUUAGAUAAAUCAACAGCAGCAGCAACGCAACGUCAACAACCGCAACCGCAAGUGCCAACGGGUGGCGGCACAAGUGCGGUCGAUGGGUGCUUGGUGGGCAAAAGUGCCAAGACGUCGUCCAAGCGCAACGAUGAGUUGAAUGGCUCUGUGAAGCCCGUGCCGCCGCCGCGUGAUCACCUGCGCGUCGAAAAGGAUGGCCGCCUGAUAAACCGCACGCCCGCGCCGCAACUGCCAGAUCGCCGUUUGGGCAGCAGUGGAGUAGGCGCGCCACAGCAGAUAGCGCAGAUUGUCGAGCCGACGCUGGAGCAGCUGGACAGCAUCAAAAAGUACCAGGAGCAACUGCGUCGACGCCGCGAGGAGGAAGAACGCAUUGCGCAGCAGAAUGAGUUUCUACGUAACAGCUUACGUGGGUCGCGCAAGCUUAAGGCGCUACAGGACAACAAGGCGGUGGCACAGCAGCAGCAGCCGGCCUCUGCGGAACGCGUUACGGGCGUGGAGAACGAGGCGUACCUGGACGAUGAGGAAGCCGAGAAAAUUAAUGGUUAUGGCGAACUGAUCGCGGCGCUAACACGCCUACAGAAUCAACUCACCAAAAAUGGUAUGUCCACAAUGGCGAGUCGGGUGUCGACUGCCCACAAUGUGUUGAGCAGCGCUGGUGUGGCACAUGCGCUUGCUGCGCGUGCAGCCGUCUUGCAACGCCGGCGUCCGCGUGUCGCAAAUCCAGUAAGCGUGAACGCCACUUCGUUGCAAAAAGAUAUUGUGGAACUGCUAACACAAUCGAACUCGGCCGCGGCUAUCGAGCUGGGCAAUCUGUUGACGAGUCACGAAAUGGAGGGUCUGUUGCUGGCGCAUGAUCGCGUUGCUACGCUCACCGACGCCACGCCAUCACCCAUACUUAGUGGUUCUAGCAGUCCACAGCAAACGUCAACAAGCGCGCCAGUACCACUACCCAAGAGCGCAGCGGUACGCGGCACAGCAGUGCCACCGCCAGUGGUACCGCCACCGCUGGCGCAACGUAGCGCUAUGCCACUGCCUCAAAAUAUGACGGCGCCGCCAGUACCGCCGCCACAUGGUGGCUUUAUGAAGCAGCCAAUGCGAGCCGACUCUCCACCACUAAGCGCCUGCUUUGGCACACUGAAUGACCAGAAUGAUAACAUACGCAUCAUUCAGAUUGAGAAGUCUACUGAGCCACUCGGCGCGACGGUGCGCAAUGAGGGUGAGGCGGUCGUUAUUGGACGUAUAGUGCGUGGCGGUGCUGCCGAAAAAUCAGGUCUGCUGCACGAAGGCGACGAAAUACUCGAAGUGAAUGGCCAAGAGUUGCGCGGCAAGACGGUCAACGAAGUAUGUGCGCUGCUUAGCUCCAUGCAGGGUACGCUGACAUUCCUAAUUGUGCCCGCUGGUAGUCCACCGCCCGGUGGUGGCCAUCGCGAGAACGCAGUGCUGCAUGUACGUGCCCACUUCGACUACGAUCCUGAGGAUGACUUGUAUAUACCGUGUCGUGAGCUGGGUAUUAGCUUUCAGAAAGGCGAUGUCUUGCACGUGAUCUCACGUGACGAUCCCAAUUGGUGGCAAGCGUAUCGCGAGGGCGAAGAGGACCAAACGCUCGCCGGUCUUAUACCUAGUCAAUCAUUCCAGCAUCAGCGUGAGACCAUGAAGUUGGCCAUUGCCGAAGAAGCAGGCUUGGCGCGCAGUCGUGGCAAAGAUAGCAGCAAGGGUGCGACACUGCUGUGCGCGCGCAAAGGCCGCAAGAAGAAGAAGAAGGCCAGCUCUGAAGCGGGUUAUCCGCUAUACGCCACAACCGCGCCGGACGAAACGGAUCCCGAGGAAAUACUCACCUACGAAGAGGUCGCCUUAUACUAUCCACGUGCCACACACAAACGGCCUAUAGUGCUCAUCGGGCCACCGAAUAUCGGGCGUCACGAGCUGCGGCAGCGGUUAAUGGCCGAUUCGGAUCGCUUCUCGGCAGCAGUACCACAUACGUCACGUGCGCGCCGCGAAGGUGAAGUCCCCGGCGUUGAUUAUCACUUCAUCACGCGCCAGGCCUUUGAGGCGGACAUACUGGCGCGCCGCUUCGUCGAACAUGGCGAAUACGAGAAGGCUUACUAUGGCACCUCGCUGGAGGCCAUACGUACAGUGGUGGCGAGUGGCAAAAUUUGUGUGCUGAAUCUGCAUCCGCAGAGCUUGAAGCUGCUACGCGCCUCCGAUCUGAAACCGUACGUGGUGCUGGUGGCGCCGCCGAGUCUCGACAAAUUGCGACAGAAGAAAAUACGAAACGGCGAACCCUUCAAGGAGGAGGAGCUCAAGGACAUUAUAGCCACUGCCCGCGACAUGGAGGCACGCUGGGGCCACCUCUUCGACAUGAUAAUCAUAAACAACGACACAGAUCGUGCUUAUCAACAGCUGUUGGCCGAGAUUAAUUCGUUGGAACGCGAACCGCAGUGGGUGCCGGCCAGUUGGGUGCAUAAUAAUCGGGACGAGUCAUAAAGUCAAUGGAAAUAAAGUGCAAGCGAAAUGGAUCGUGAAAUGAAGCUAAAACAGGGAAUUUGUCUAUAAGGAAAAUGCACUGGAAAGUAGAACUAAUUGCAAACACGAAGUGAGCACAGAAAAAUAGGUGUAGUGCUGAAGAUAAUUGUUUCAAAAAUACUGUUGAUUAUGCUUGUAUUCAAUUUGUAAGAGAGUGCUUCAGUUUCCAGCUUAUGAGCUUGUGAGCUUUUACUGAGCUUGUGAACAUUCACUAAGCUUCUAAGUUUUCAAUCAGCUUAUGAGCUUUCACCAAGCUUCCGAGCUUUCAGCGAGCUUAUGAGCAUUUAUUUUCAUUUUUGUGCGUUUUCACUUCAAAAUUACGUUCUUCUGAAAAAAUGUAACAUUGUUAGUCGCUACUUAACCAAUACUGAACCACAGUGUUCGUGUCACUACAAAUACAAACAAAGGUUUCGCGUCGUGCUCGUGGUUGGAGCGUGCAAAAGCAUAUGCGAAAGCUUUAUUUCCAAACGAAAAUGCAAUACUUACAUAUAAAUACAAUUAAAAUUAUUUACUUGAACAUACAGUAUACUAUAUACAACAUUUAUAUAUAUACACUUACACACACACACAGAAAAAUUGAACGUUUUUAUGUAUAACUUGUUGAUUUAGUAAUAAAAAUAUAAUUAUUUUAAAAUUUAAAUAAAAAAGUAUGCAACAAAUUAUGCAAACAAAAUAUAUAAUUUUAAAAGCUAACAUUUAACGGCCUGAUUCAUAAAAAAUGUUAAAAUUAUUAAUAUAUAUGAAAAUUGUAAACAAAGUAUUUUUAACAAUAAAAAAAAAUAGUUUUUGAAAAUUUAUUUGUAUAAAAAAUUUUUAAUAUUCAUAAAAAAAUGUUAAAAUUAAAUUAAAAAAAUUAUGAAAAUUGUAAAACAUAUAUUUUUAAUUAUUAAAUUUUUUUUAAAUUUAUAAUUAAAAACUUUGUUUGAAAAGUGACUAAAAAUAUAUAAAAACAAAAAAAAAUGUUAUGAAAACUAAAUUUUUAUGAAAAUGUUUUAAGUCAUAUUUCGAAGCAUUUUUUUCAUUAAAUUUUUUUUCUUAUAUUUUUUUUAUGGAUUUGGCCGUUAUCUGUACUUAUACAUAUACAUAUGCAGACAGUAAAAACGUUUCACAAAAUAUUCUUAAUUCUUAAUUUACUUUAUGUAUUAUAUAAUGUGCUGCAUAUACAUACAUACAUAUUUACUAAAUCAAAGAAAUUCCUUAAUUACAAAAUGUAUAUUUUUUGUUUUUGUUUUACAUUAGAUAUUUGGAUAUUUGUUUGCCUUUAUCUUUUCGAGCGUUUCUUAUGUGUAAAAAUUAGUUAAUGAAAAUAAGAAAAAAGUUGAAAAAUGAAAAAAAAAACAAAAACAAAGAACAAGAUCAGCUGUUUUUGACAAAUAUUUUGUAAACUAGUAAUGUAAGCUUAACAGGACAAAAACAAAAACAAAAACAAUAAAUAAUAGAAAUGUUAAAUGCAAAAAUAUAAUAGGACAAAUCGAAUAGCAAAACAAAAUAGAAAUAAAAUAAGUUCUUGCGGCGGCAGACCAAACGAGCAACGACGCCGCCAGUGGCUUUGUGCGCUCAAAGAACAUAUGUGAAAUGAGGAAAGAUAACGGUAGAAAGCAGAAUUCACCCAAAAAAGAAUUUACUUUAAACUCACGUACCAUAAAUGCUAAAGAUAACAACAACAACAAAAACACAAAGUGCUGCUAGUAACUAAAAGGAAAUUGCAAUUUAGUAAGCAACUCAUCUAAGCUAGUUAAAAACAAAACAAAAAUAACAAAAACAAAAUACACAUACUAAACAACAAAAGCAAAGAACCAAAAGCCACACUCUCGUGCAACACACGCAAACAUCAAAUAAAUUCAGCUUGAAGUCGGCAGCAAAAGCCGGAAGCCAAGCUUGCGCUGAAUAAACGCGGCGAAAAUGCAAAGCGAGCGAGCAGCUGUCGGCAUAGAUUCAACCGAUUUCAACAUAACCUCAAACAAAAAUCAACAAAGCAGAGCAAAUAACCGUUAAGCACACACAUCGCUAAGGCACAGCCAAUCAAAAGGGGCUGGCCAAGUGAGCCCAAGUGCAUGCGACUGGCUUUAGGCCCUGUAGGAAACGCAAAUAAUAAUAAAAAUUUAAAUAAAUUGAAAAAUUAAAUAAAAUAUAAAAAAAUAAAUAAAAAAUUUGAAAAAAAAUUAAAAUAAAGUAAAAAAUAAUAAUAAUAAUAAAUAAAAAUAAAAAAGAAAUAAAAUUACAUAAAAAACAAGUAGUCGCAGCUUAGGCAGAAUAGCGCUAAUUAAGAAACUAAAUUUAAAUGCAACCAUAUACGGUUAUAUACACAUGUAUGUAUGUAUGUUUGUAAGAGUAUAGUUGAAAUUGUUUAUUGACCAUUGUUUUCUAUUGAAAUUUAUAUUGUAUAUUGUGUUGUUAGGCCAAAGCAAUUGAAUUCAUACUUCAUGCCUCAAAGCAUACGAAAGAACAAACGAAAAGCGAAACAGAAAACGCGAAACGCAAAACUAAAAUGCCGCACUUAGCGAAAAAAGAAAUUUAAAUGCAAAAAAAAACAAAUAAAAAAUAGUCAUAACAAAUAAACAAAUAGAGUGUAGCGCCAAAGUAGUUAUGUAACACUGUAACAAAAUUCAUAAAAUUAAAAAAAAAUCAACGCUACGCCGCAAGGGACUGUAAACUAUUUAUAUAACAUGUUACUCUAUUUAACAUAUUCAAUAUUUGUUUUAUAUAAUUUCUUAUUCUUCAUUUUUCUUUUCAUUUAAAUUUUUUGCUUUUAAUUCUAAAAUUUUAUCUACAUACUUGUAUUUUUAUUAUUUAUUUAAUUUUUUUUUUAUUUUUAUUUAUAUUUUUUGUGAUUUUUAAGUUUUAUUUUUUUGUAUUAAUUAAUUAAUUUUUAUUUAUUAUUUUUAAUUUUUAUUUAUUUAUUUAUUUUUUGUAUUGUUUUUUUUUUGAUUUUUGAUUUAUAUUUUUUUUACAUUUUUCACAUUUUAUGUAAUUUUUAUUUAUUGUGUUAAUUUUUUGAAUUUCCUUAAAAUCUAAAUUGCUUCUGUAUAUUCCAUUAACAAAUGUUUUUUUGCGGCAUACAACAAUAACAACCACGAAAAUAGCAAAAUUACCGCCAAUGAAUAAAAAAACAAAAAAAAAUUAAUAAAAAUAUUCAAA